AUGGGCCAAGACUCCUCCCACGAGCUGGUCGACGAGGCCCUUCCCUCCCAAACCCUCCAAGACCGCACCAUCAGCUCCGUCGCCUCUUACCUCAAAUCCGGCAAAGCCAAGCGCGUCGUCGUCCUCACCGGCGCCGGCAUCUCCACCAGCGCCGGGAUCCCCGACUUCCGCUCCCCCGACACGGGGCUCUACUCGAACCUCGCGAGGCUGAACCUGCCCUACCCAGAGGCGGUAUUUGACAUCUCCUUCUUCCGCCAGAACCCGGCGCCGUUUUAUAUGCUCGCCCAGGAGCUGUAUCCGGGGAAAUAUAAACCGACGGUGGCGCAUGCCUUUAUUGCGUUGCUGGCGAAGAAGGGGCUGUUGCAUAUGCUGUUGACGCAGAAUAUUGAUUGUUUGGAGCGCGCGGCGGGGGUGCCGCCGGAGAAGGUUGUUGAGGCGCAUGGAAGCUUUGCGUCGCAGGGGUGCAUUGAUUGCAAGACUGAAUACCCAGGCGAGUUCAUGAGGGAGUUCGUCAAGUCGGGAGAUAUCCCGUACUGCGAAGACGAAGCGUGCGGUGGGCUUGUUAAGCCGGAUAUCACAUUUUUCGGGGAAUCGCUGCCUCAGAGGUUUCAUAUGAACACACAUGUGCCGGCCCAGGCAGACCUGAUGAUCAUCAUUGGAACCAGCCUCAGUGUUCACCCCUUCGCAUCUCUGCCGGAUAUGGCGCUGGAAGGAACCCCAAGGGUCUUACUAAACAUGGAGAGGGUAGGGACCCUAGGGAGCAGGCCUGAUGACGUUCUAUUGCUAGGGGACUGCGAUGGGCAGGUCCGGAGGCUGGCAGAUGAGUUGGGUUGGAGGGACGAGCUGGAAGCAGUUUAUAAGGGGGUUGGUGGGCCUGAAGCAGAGAGGGAGCCUGCGACGCCUAGUGCCAAGCAGGAGGCACUGGAAGAUGAGAUUGAGAAGUUGACGGCGGAGGUUGAGCAGGCCCUGAAGCUCUCGAAUGGACAUAAGAGCGUUGAUCACAAGAGCGUUGAUCACGCUCUGAAGAUCUCAGAUGGACAUAAGAAUUGGUUAGAGAAGCACCUGGCCACGAAGCUGGCUACAGGAGCACCUACCGAGGCCGUGUCACCGGCGAAUGAUGUGAAAACACAAAGACAAGACACCCAGAAGCCAGACGUAGAGGAGCGGGCACAAAACCGAGUAGUGACCACGUCUCGGAAGCUGGCGCCGGCGCAAGAAGAAUCUUCGUUAUCGAAAGAAACAGAGAACAAUGCCGCUACGUCGAGUAUACCAGUACAGACUAAAGGGAAGACGACAGCAUCAACAGAGCCCGAAGUAGACGAUGAUCACUCCAUACCGCCUGGUUCAGAGCCUUCUACAUAA